UUCAACACUACUAUAUAACAAAUAAUUUGAGCAGUAAUGACUUACAGAAGAGAUUACCCUAGUUGAAGAAUGAACCAUCUCGGUGUUGUAGCUCUGAUACUGCUAUGUGAAUCAAGUCUCUCCGGCCCCUCUAUUCCCAGUCCUUCCUCCUCUCCACAGAAUGACAUUGCAACUAAACAAACACCAGCUUCAUCUACAAGAUCAACCUCUCUAAACAGGAUGUUUAACAGAACAUCCAACGCAACCAUCCCCUACAGCGCCCCAUUGGAAUCUAAACUAACAGAAGAAGCCUCUCUUUCUACUACAGCUUACACCGGGACUACUGGGUCAAGUUGGCCUUCCACAAUUACUUCAGGUGUGCCAACAACAGAUACUCCAAAAAUUGUACAUCGAUGCAGAAACGAUGAACUGGAAUGCCCAGGAAAGAAGUGUACUGCAAUAACUCCGUCCACUAAGACAGCGAUGGGUUACUACAAUAUCCCUAUCAAGUGUGAGUGCACAGGAAGAGGUGACAGAGAAGGAUGGUAUCGGCCCAAUAGAGAAUUAAUUGCUACAAAUACCCAUAAUAUAUAUAAUAAGAUAUAUAAUAAGACAAUCUUGAACGUAAAAUGCAACUCAAGAUAUAUCCCUCGCAAAAACUUUAAGACUGGGUGUACUUGGUUCAGUACAUAUAGUCUGUCAGAUGGAGUUACCAUGGUUUCUUAUAGAGUGGGAGAUCCGGACACAUGCGAACAAGGUAACAGAGCUGAAAGAUCUGCUGAAACACAAACAGCACUCUACACAACCCAACCAGUUCAAAGAUGGAAGAUCUUUACAAAGGAUCCCUGGGUUACAAACACAGCUAAUCAGCCGGAAAUGUGUCGCCCUGGUACUCACUACUGUUCCUCUGGCCAGUGUUGGAUAAAAACGGAGGUUAGCUCGGGAAAGUACGCUCACAAGGACGGCUAUGGUAUCGUCAACUGUUCCUGUAUAAUACCAGGCACGGGAAAGGACACCGAUGAUAUACGGUGGCAUUUCAGUGACAAUGAUAAAAGGAUUCGUUAUCCAAUGGUGCGGUUUAUACAGUGUAACCAACACUCGUAUGACCUAAACAUAGGACAACACACCAUGGUGACAUGUGGCUGGUUCACUGAAGAUCGGUUCACAAAGUCUUUCCGUUCCAAUGCUAACGAAGCAUGGAAUUACGAAAAAUGGAGUAAGGGUUUGAAGAUUGUCGGGACCCCUUAUGAUUGUGCAUUAGAGAGUAAAAAGUUUGGGGAAAUGCUGAUAGCAAUCAUCAUAUUUGUCAUACUCUUCCUGGCUAUAAUCGUCUUUAUAUGGGCAUUAAGAAGAAAUGGCCACUGCGGAACUGACGUAGUAACGGACUCCGCAAGUAAUCCUCCACUACCAUCAGUCUCACAAGUUCCUCGACCUACCGACCCAACAUGGCUCAGGACUCCAAGCAUACCAACGUACAGUGAAUGUUUGGAAGGUUCACAUAGGAUAGUAUCAGACAGUAAUUACAUUAGCCUCCCCACUACAGAGGAGCAAGGUCCCCCGUCCUACGGGGACGAUUUAUUAGAAAAGUUACCUCCCGCUUACGAGGAUAUCGAGGGCCAUGAGGAUUUGUACAAUGUUGCUGGUAAUGCUGAACACGUGAUAGAAUCACGUGUUUAAAAGAAGCUGUGAUCAGUGUGGCCAGCCUCUCUUCCUAUCUCUUCUUAUUACUGUUUCACGUGU